CGUUCGUUCUUUAUUUUUCAGCUUUGUCCCACCCGAGCAUAUCCUACUUAUUAGUGUCAUUCCUACCUUCCUGGCUUCGGCCAGUGCGUCAAAUGCGAAGUCUGUUUCGAAGCUACAAAAAUGUUCGUUCCCAGAGCAGCAUCACGCAACCCCCGAAGGCGCCCGAGAACCAGCUCCGAUGACUCGGUGAAGCCGCCAAAAGCCAAACGCCAACGAUCGGUUUUGCGGCAGGCGGGCGACUCCCCUGUCACGAAUUUGGACCGGAAUGAGACAGCAGAGUCCGCGGCUCCCGUCCCGGUCAACCAGCACGACGCGACUACGGAUGUCGCUGGUGUCGAUUGCCAUCUACCAAUUCGCAACAUGAAACCAAGUGAAGGAUCCAAGAAUGACCUUGAGGGGACGGUCACUUUGUCAAGCACGGAUUACUACACCGUUGACCAACUUCCUUCGUUGCCGGAUCAAAUCCGAGGCUCACAGUCAGACCAGCUCAAGUGCUUCUUCGCCCCUGGUCAUGACCACGCGUUAGCCUUGACUCGCUCGCAUGCGAUUGUAUGGCCCUACUCUGUUCCCACCUCGGCACCAUCGCCUUCAGAAACGUUUACGGUGUCGAUUCCUGAGUCCUGCAGAGAUCCCAGAGGCGCAGUCCCGCUGGGUGUGCUUUUGUCAACGGCCACAGGUGAGCACCCUGGCCUACUGGUGAUCAUCCCGUCUACAGGUAGAAUCAUCUACUGGGAAACUGUGUCAAGUGCUGCAUCAUUAGGACUGUCGAGACAAAAACAGAAUGGGAUACAGGGCUUCAGCCCCGGUCUGUUUUCUGGUGAAUUUGCUACUGAGAUCAUGAACUGCGAGCCUUCGGGAAUUAUCGCAACAUUUUCCUCCGGGCGAGUGGCACACAUUACCCUCCGGGAUUCGCAAGGAAAACCUUCUGUCCUCCACGAUAGGCCCCGGGGGGGUGGAAUUUUGGGCGGACUCAAGAGUGUCCUUGGGGGGGGUUCCUGGAGGAAAGAGGUUACUGCUGUUCGCGCAGGUGGGUCUCGUCAGCGAGGUCAACGCGAUGUGAUCAUCGCUACAUCGACUGGCUUAGUGGAGAUCUGGGAUACUCAUUGGAACCAUGGAAACGCUAUGAAGAAGAAAUACGAUGUCAAAGAUGCCAUUGUGACGGCAAUCUCCCAUGAUUCUGUGAAAGUCUCCGGGGAAAUGGAUCUUAAGAUUAUGGAUUUUGCAUUCUCCGCCCAACAAUCGAAUGAUGAACCUGGUUCUCGAGAGUCCGAAGAAUCCUGGCGGCUUUUCUUUGUUGUCAGCUCCCCUCAGCUGUUGGAAUCCAAGACCUUGUUCGUGGUUCAACUGUGUCUGACGGGGACCGAGACGCGUGUUAUGUCCACUUAUGCUGUCGACAUUCGCAGCAUUCCCGCCACGCACGAUGAACCAAAGCCUAAAAUAUUGGUUUCGAAAUCAGAGGAGACUGCUUUCAUUCAAUUCGCGCAGUCUCUGAUUAUUCUUUCCUUAUCUACCAUUGAAGAGACCCCCAGCUCGCAACUGCUUCUGGAUUCACAGAAUAUUCCCAUGCCUUUCCAGGACAUCAUUCAUCUCCGAUCUGGCAGAGAAUGUGAAAUACUGGGCUACGGCUUGGAAGAUCGAUCGGAAGAUGAAAACGCCAUUUGUGUGAUGAUGAUUCGAGGCUUUGGUGUUGUUCGAGUCAAUGUGACGCCCCAAUACCCAGCAGAAAACGAUUUGGAAGAAGGCCAAGUCACUGCUAAGCACAAGCUGGAGCAGGCCAUUUUCUUCGGUACCAUGGCAAAGAACCCACUAAACCUGGUUGGCGAGGGUGGUUUGAACUUCCCCGCAUCGGAAAUUGAGCAAGCCUCCCUGGAAAUAUGUAGGGAGCUUCUUCGCUCGGAAACACGCUUUAUCCCCAGCACGGCAAUCUCGGUUGACCAAAAUUUGCGACUAAGGGCAAAAGCACUAAACGACCUCGCAUUGUUCCUGUCGCGGAACAGCAAUCACUUGAGUCGCCCGGCAAGAUGGGAAUUGCUUUGGGGGGCGGAAAAAUUGUCCGCGCAACGGGCUAUGUGGAAGCUGGAGGAGAUGCACAGGGCCAGCAACGAUAAUCUUUUCCUUGGCCAUGUCAUCGAGUCUAUGAACGACAAGUUCAAAACUCGUUCUGAACUAACGCAGAGCGAGACCGAUCCAGUACGCCACUGGUUUUUGAGGGACACUUAUCAAAUGGAACAUAUCAUUCCCUGGAUCAAAACCGCUCUCAAGCAUCGCAGGGGUAAUUCGUCGAAACAGGCGCGGAAAUUGUCGGAGCAGAUACUGGAGGCCAGUGAAUUUUUUCUCGCGAUCAUGGAAACAGCCUUCCGUUAUCGCGACGAGCACGCUGCGCUGUAUGGGCUGAGCGAUGACUUUGUCGAAGACGGUGUUCUCGCUGAUGGUUACGAGGGUCUCCCUGAAUUCUGGACUUCCCGGGAGAUGGGAUACACCGAGGCGGGGCAUCUGCUUGAUUUGGAGCUGGACAGCUGUCGAGCUUGGAGUCAACAAAAGACAUCCAGCGCAGACGCCCCUGACAGUCAGAUUUUGAAGAAGAUUGCAGACAACAGCGCACGGCAUCUUCGAGUACUCGGCCAGAUGCACCGUGAGCGUACACGCUGGCUUAUUGCACAGGGAGAUCCCAAACUAGCCGAUGCAAGCGCCUCCAUCGAGCAAGCCCACGUCAAGGAGCGCAAAUGGCAGCUAUUCAAGUUGGCAGGGAUUGGACAUCUUCAAGAUGCCCUGAGCCUGGCCGAGCGAUUCCGAGACAUGGGAGCUCUGGUCGAGCUCAUCAUUGAACUCCAAGAUGAAGUGAAGACCCAGCCAACACAAGACGCUACCGGGGAGAGUGUCGGUGCCGUGGCAGACACCGAGGCAGAUGUGAUCCGCAGGAUCUCGCAAUAUUUUGACAAGUUUGGCGAGCCCUGGGCGGAUGCGUACUUUGCACGACAAAUCUCAAUGGGGCACCCAGGGGCAUUGCUUUCCAUGCGAAAAUAUCAAUCUUCGGUAACGCGAUUUCUCCGGAAAGCACCUGCAUAUUCCAAGCUCAGCUGGAUCAAUGAUGUAAUAGGCGAGGACGACUACAAGAGCGCUGCAUUGUGCUUGGAAAAGCUCGCCCUCGGCAGUGAGAAGGAGCUAUGGAACCAUCGCGUGGAGAUUUCAUUGGCGAAAUUGGGCACAUUGGCCUCAUUCGAGAAAUCAUCAAUAGGCUCGAGCUCUGCCUUGCAAGAAGAUGUCAAAUGUCUCGACGAUUACAGCGAGAUCGACGAGGUCCAGGAUACCCUCUAUUCCUACAUCAAACCCGUUCUCGAGGGUGCGAUUGAUCGCAAGGCCGAGGCAGAGCUCGCCCUGGAUUACUUUGGAGGGCCUAUCGUUGACGAUCGCCCUUCUCUCCAUGAAAUCUUAGGUGAUGCCCUUUCUACCCUGGUCAAUCGAAACGUCAUUGGUGCCGAUGGGUUAAUCGAUCUGCUGACACUGAUGGGCCCUCUCCAACCUUCUGACGACUGGGACAAUGAGUUCCGUGGGCGUGAGUUUUUCCAGGCUCUGCGAGUACUUGAUCACAGUCGCUACGCUCAGCAAGAUCCUUCGUACGUUUCGGCGUUGCGCAAACUGAUAUGGCGACGGUGCAUGAUCAAAGACAACUGGGCAGCCCGCGGGAAAGCAGCUGAGGAAUCAAAUGGAAACUCGGAGUUCGCGGCUCGUGACACGUCCCUGGGACUUACACUCGCCUCUUGCUUGGCCGAACAAUCCGCGACCAAUAUACAGUUCGUCUACAUGCCUCUCUCUCCAGCCGAGGCUCUCAUGGCUGAUUCUGAAUCCGAUAUUCUUCUGUCGCGCUUCCGUCCCGAACAGAAGGCCCGUCUGACCGCCGAUCUCAUGCGAGAAAAUGAACUUCUGCACGAAUACAUCGAGAUCGGUAAAAUUGACUUCUGGUUCCAGGAUCUCCUAGCGUCCACAGGAUCCCAGGCAUCCGGGUCAAUUCCUGACUCCGGUGACAACGAAGCCAACAACUUGGCUUCGGUAGGUUCCAAGGCGCGAUUGACGUGGGUUUGA